CUAAAUUAAAAUUCUUAGGAAAUCGUACGUACUUUCUGAUUGAAUAUUUUCCACAAAUUAUUUUCUUUUAUAAAAGAAUACGUAUUAUUUUAAAAUUGUUGUAAGUCCAAAAAUAAAUAAAUAAACCGUAAACACGUUCAAGAUUAAAGUUAACUCCAUAAUAAUCUCCGGGGGUGGGAGAGGAGGUUAGGGAUGUUGGACCAAAUCUGGUAAUUCAACAACCAGAUAAGAUUUUGUGGGAUGCGCAGUUGAUUAAAUUUAUUAAAUCCUAUUAUCGUAUCCUAUAUAUAUGAACGAGGUACUCUGCAGAUUUCUCUACAAUAAACUUGAGAAACUUCGUCGAUAUAUAUAAAUAUAUACACUUAUUCUGAUUCCUACGUUGUUCCAUCCAGAGCAUUAAAGAAGAUGGGGAGUCCACUAAUAACUUGUUUUGGGGAGAUGCUAAUUGAUUUUGUCCCAGAUACUUCUGGUGUUUCUUUAGCCGAAUCGAAGGGUUUUCUCAAAGCCCCCGGCGGUGCUCCUGCAAACGUUGCCUGUGCUAUUACCAAGCUUGGUGGUGCCUCUGCUUUCAUCGGCAAGGUGGGUGAUGACGAGUUUGGGAAAAUGUUGGUGGACAUACUGAAAAAGAACGGAGUGAACAGUGAUGGGGUGUGUUUCGACCAGAACGCAAGAACCGCGCUGGCAUUCGUGACACUGAAACACAAUGGGGAGAGGGAAUUCAUGUUCUACCGCAACCCAAGCGCGGAUAUGCUGCUCAAGGAUUCAGAACUCAAUAUGGGUCUGAUUAAGAAAUCCAAGAUCUUUCACUAUGGAUCCAUCAGCUUGAUCUCGGAGCCCUGCAGGUCUGCUCACAUGGCAGCAAUGAAAGCUGCCAAGGAAGCCGGGAUUCUCCUCUCCUAUGAUCCCAACGUCCGCCUCCCGCUCUGGCCUUCCGCAGAUGCUGCUCGGCAAGGUAUCAAGAGCAUCUGGAACGAAGCCGACUUUAUCAAGGUCAGCGACGAUGAGGUUGAAUUUCUGACUCAGAAGAGCGCCGACGACGAAACCGCGGUCAAGUCGCUCUGGCACGAUGGCCUUAAGCUGCUCGUUGUUACUGAUGGGGAGAAGGGCUGCAGAUAUUACACCAAGAAUUUCAAAGGAAAAGUAGCUGGAUACCAAGUCAAAGCCAUUGACACUACCGGCGCUGGCGAUGCUUUCGUUGGUUCCCUGCUUUGCUCUGUUGCCAAAGAUCCUUCUAUUUUCCAGGACGAAGGUAAGCUGAAAGAGGCUCUAGCGCUGGCGAAUGCAUGUGGCGCACUCUGCACCACUCAGAAAGGGGCCAUUCCGGCCCUCCCUACACCCUCGGAAGCCCAAUCUCUUAUGACCCAGUCCAAAGCUUGAUAGAGAGGACCAGAAAAGCAGAAGACUGCACCAUCUUUCUGUGUCUUUCAAUUAAGGAUUAAUAUUCAUCAAUAAUUUGGCUUGAUUCAAUUUGGUUACGUACUGUUUAAAAAUUUAAGUUGCUAUUCUUGAUUUAGUUAAAAAUUCAAUUUGAUUACGUACUGUUUAAAAAUUCAAUUUGGUUACGUACUGUGUCUUUCAAUUUGGAUUUUUUCAUAACUUGUUCAUCUGAAAUGCUAAACUUUUUGGCAAAUUUCAGAAUUCCAUCCAUUUUUUUUUUUUUUU